GCCUUCGAAACCUGCAGACAUGCGCAAUACACUGACCUUCCUUGUGCGGGUUCGUCCUGAAGGUAGACGAGGACCUUGAGUGUGUUGAGGAGUUCAGCACUUUAUUCUCUCAUUUCGAUUAUUCUAACAUAAACCGAACCAUGCCGGGUUCGGUGGAGGUUCCCACUUUUAACGACUUGAAUGUUGAGGAGAUCAGUGUGUCGUCUGCGGUGCUGAAGGGAGCUGCCCACCACUAUGGCUCUCAGUGUGACAAGGCCAACAAGGAGUUCAUGCUCUGUCGCUGGGAGGAGAAGGACCCAAGAAAGUGUCUGAAUGAAGGGAGGAAAGUCAACGAGUGUGCUCUUAACUUCUUCAGGCAGAUAAAAGGAAGCUGUGCCGAGUCCUUCACAGAGUAUUGGACCUGCCUGGACUACUCCAACCUGGUGGAGCUGCGUCAGUGCCGCAAGCAUCAGCAGGCCUUUGACAGCUGUGUGCUGGACAAGCUUGGCUGGGAGAGACCCAACCUGGGAGAACUGUCCAAGGUGACAAAGGUGGACACCUCUCGGCCCCUUCCUGAGAAUGCUUACCACUCAAGACCCCGGCCGGAGCCCAACCCUGUCAUCGAGGGCCAAUUGCAGCCAGCAAAGCACGGCAGUCGACUCUUCUUCUGGAGCUGGUAAAGGAGGUAGUCAGUACUCCCGGGUUGAGUUCCCCUAGGUACAGAUCUAAGUUCAGCUUCCACUCCCCUAAUCCUAACCUUAACCAUUUGUGGGGAGAACGCUAAACUGACCCCAGAUCAGCAUCUAGGAGCAACUUCACCUAACACCAAGAGGCAGUCCUUCAGAGCCUCAUCUUGCCUGCUGUCUCCUCCAGCACACCCACUAUCUUCAGACUUCUUCGGACAGGAAGGGACUUCUUUGUGCACCAGCCAUCGUACAGCUCUCCGAUCCCUAUGUUGUAGAAAUGUUAAGGUUUGAACAAAAAGCAACCUGUGUUUAUUGUUGUGAAAUAAAAAAAUAUUUAAUUUAAACUUG